CGGACGACGUCGCGCAUGUCACGCAAAAAUUGGUUGGGUUUACGUGUGUUGCAGAACCACUGAACAAGUAAACAUAUAGGCAAUUGUCGCAUUGCAAAUUUAAAUUUUAAUACAAAACCCAGAAUCGUAACAAUCGCCAACAGAAGAUAUGAAUCGGUUUCUAAACCCGUGAAAAAUUAUGGCAAACAAAUUGUUUGGACGUGUUUGUUGCGUCGCUCUGUGCUGCGGAUUUCUCGACUCCAAUAGUGUGCGAGCGUUUGGUGUGUGUGAGUGCGUGAGUGCGAGCGAAACACAAACGCAAAGCGGAAAUGCGAAAAAGACAACAAAGGUAGCAAAAAUAAAAACAAAAGGGGGAGGAGGCAACAGGAGCCGGUGCAGCCAGAAAGAGCGAGACGGCAACAAACGGGGGCUAAUGAAAACGAAAUGUGAUUCAUUGGCUUUAUCAAUUGUACGAAAUUCCGGCAUUGUUUAGUCCUGGGCGACAAAUAAAUUAUGACAUAAUACAACAAAGGAGAAAUAACUGGAAGAAACUGGAGAGGCAAAUACCAAAAAAGCUGAAAGUGCGUGCUUGCGCGUGUUUUUGUGUGUGUGGGUGGCUUGAGUAUUUGAAAAUUGAGAAAUUCCAAACAAACAAAGCGGUAAAAAAGGAUAUGUGUAGCAAAGGAAAAACUCCAUAGUAAAACAACAAGUACAGUAGUUGCUGCUCCUUCUUAUUGCCCGCAAAAAUACAAAAUACAAUUCAAUACAAUAAAAACGCCGAAAAGCAAAGAAGCCAAAAGCAAAGCAAAGGCAAAAGCAAAGCGAAAGCGUACCAAAAACAAGGAGCAAAACGGCGGCAGAGAAAAAGCUUAGUAAGCUCGCUGCUGUUGCUUCUUCUUCUCUGUGUUUUUUUGUUGGCUCUUUAUUUUUAUUUUUUUGCAAACAAAAUGUAUAUGAUGCCCAAACAAGAAGAAGAAGAAGUCGGGAACGAGCAUAAUAGAAGGUAGAAAUUUGGAGGAAAUCGAAAUUUGCGUCGUUGCUGAAAUUCGUUUGUUCUCCUUACUCCCCCUGCCCCUUCGCCUUCUCAUCUCGUCUUUCGCUCUCUGUUUUUCUGAGCGCCUGAUUCUGUGCCUGUGUGUGUGCGGCAGGCGUAUCUGUGAGUGUUUUUGUGCAAAAAUUCGCAUACAUUUUAUAUAACAACAACUACCCCAAUAUGAUUUCCUUUAUUCAGCCGGCUUUUUUGCUUAUCUCCCAAUUUUCGGUUUGCUCAUACCAAAACUGAAAUUUAUAUAUAUUAAAAAAAAGUUCUAAACAAAGAAAUAAAGUUUUCGCUGGGCUGUAAACAAAUAAACGCCAUCGUACACAAAGGGAAAAAAAUUCGAAGACUUAGAAUUAUUCAUUUCGACUCAAAUAAAGCAAAUAUUACUCUAUUAUUAUUAUUAGGCAAAGCAAAGAACACAAAUGUAUAUCAUCAAUCACAAAAACAAAAUAUUAUAAAAUAUGUAAAUAUCCGUACGACUGCUGUUGUUUCUGUGUAUACAAAACAAAAAAGGGAAGCUUAAACUCGCACAAGCACUUUUUGCAUUUUUCUUUUGAUUUAUUGAAAUCCCUUUUUUUUCAAUUGUCAUACGUAUAAAAGUUUGUCUGCGAUUUGCUUUACUUUUUGCAAAACCUUUCAUAGUUGAAAUAGCAAAAACAACAACAACAUAAUAGUAAUGGCGACGAUGCCGAAAUACGUUUUAGCAUUCAUUUAUUCGUUUUUUUGGCGAGCUUUGGUUUGCCGCGCGAAUUCGCGCACUCGAGAUAGAAAUGUAUCUUGGAGAUACACGCGCCUUUUGUGGAAUUGAAAUUGAAAUGGGCCCCGCCGCCUUUUAUGUGGCAUCAUCACCGGCAUCAUCAUCAUUAUUAUUAUAACUAUUAUCAUUAUUAUGGUGAUGCGUGCGUUAUGGCAGCUGAAGAAUCUGAGCCGAAGAAUCUGCGAAUUUAUCGCAGCUUAACUCAGAGGAAACGCAAGAGGCAAGUACGAAUUUAAGGCCGAUAAAAGGAUAAUGGAGGAUGUGUCAUGGAAUGAGUAAGGGAUGACCCUUCAGCUGAAUUAAUGGUCCUUUUUCGCAUCAAGCUAUUUGUCAGUCAGUUCUAAAUAGAGUCGCACCUUAACAAAAUGUUCAGGUAUUUUAUCACUCAAAUUAAAGAUUUGCUAAAAAAUUUAUUUUUAACAUUGGCAUGAAAUUAACAAUUGCAAAGUUUAGUAUGUAGUUAAUCGAAAUUUUAGGCUUAACUUGAAUAUAUAUUAUAUAUAAUGUGAGGUAUAGGUAAAUAUAGAAUCCUUAGAAUGUGUACAAGGGCUCAUAAGUUCAAUUUAAACUAGGUCGACCAAUAAAAACAAGCUUAGAAAAAAACAUGCUAGCAAAGUGAUUGCAGUUUGCAAGAGAACACAAACCAAAGGAGCAAACAACUUUGGUUAGCUUUUGGGAAAACUUUUUGAACAACUUUAUGAAAAGUGUAAUCAAGUAAAUAAUAACGAAUAUUAAAAAUUACUUGAAACUUUAACUCAUCCCUGUAAAGUCUCGUUUUGAUUUGAUAGCACACACUGCAUGCUAAACAAAAGAUUUAAGUAAAAAUUUUUCGUUGAAGCUCAGUACAAAAUCGUCGAACAACUUUGGUUCGGCGUUCUUGGUUCUUUAACUGCCAAGCCCCACUGUUCUCCCAACUCAUCAAUUUUUCGAUUUGAGCGUUAACAAACAAAUGACAUCGGCGCCAGGCCAUCGUGUUGGCGGCAUGUUUGUGCGGACUAUUAAACAAAUUGCGUAUACGCACUGUUGCUCGCGUAAAAUAUUUAUGCGUGAGCCCAAAUAUAUUAGCAUACUUUUGUGUGUGUGCGUGUAUGUGAGGGUGUGCGUGGGUGUGUGCAUUAGAUUAGUAAAUAAAAUUCGGUGAUUUGAUUUCUACCCCGAUUUCCGUACAUUUCCGGAACCGAAAAUCGUAGUGAGGGCAGCAAUGAGAAAAUGCUCUUGGUAAUCGAAUUGACUGGAAGCGUGAAGAGCUCGUUAACGUUCCAAUAAUCGCGUCAGCCAGAAAGAUAUACAAAAUUACAAUCGCGGUUGGGCCAAGGAAAAGCGGCCUCAGCCCGAAAGCGGUGACCAAAAACGUCGGAUUGCAAUGUGUUUGUUUUACAAUCGACGCCUUUUUGUGAUUCAACUGAUUGAGAUCCUGCUGCUGCUGCUAACCGACCACAAUGGACGACUGACACUAACCAAGGAGUCAACAACAGUUGCCGCCGUCACCCAACCGAAGAACUCAACCGCACUCCUGCCGUAUCUGCAGAUCCAGAAGCACGCCAUCACCAGACUGACCAUCAGCAAACCCCAUUCUCCGUAUUAUCUGCCAUGCAUUCCCAUCCUCACUCCCUACGACUAUGAACAGGACAAUCUGCCCAUCUACUGCAGCUGGUAUCGCAAUGACGUGGUCGUCGAGCAAAUGUCCAUCCGCAAACAUGACUUCUUCAUCUACGAGAACGGAACACUCCGACUGCCCAGCAAUGAGAAAGCCAGCGGGGAGUACUACUGCAAGAUUGAGUGGGAUGAGGCGGCAGUUAUCUCCGACAAAAUCACAGUCGAGUAUCCAGUACUCAAGCGUAUAUUUCCUGGCCAGCAGCAGAUUGCCAACAUCAGUGCAGUGGAGAACAAACCGCUCGUGCUGAGCUGCCCCUUCUUUAGUGUUCCCCCCGCGAGAUUUAGCUGGUAUUUCGGCAACGAUUCCCUGACCAACGACAACAGCGCCCUCACCCUGGCCAAUGGUACUUUGAUACUGCGGAAUUUAAGGCUCGAACAAGCCGGCAAAUACAAAUGCGUGGCCCAGAAUGCGUUUGCCGGCAAGACGCACCGUCAGUUCACUUGGCAGUUGCGAGUGGAGCCCAAGGACUCGGCGUUUUAUCCCAACAACCAGGCGGAAAUUUCGGAGACGUCCGUUUCGGCGGCUCAACUCCUGCCGGCAUUUCAAAAUGCCACCGUUUUUGUGCCCUCCGGCGGGUCCUUUCUGCUGCAAUGCCACGCGGUGGCGGACUUUGUGCCCAUCGAGUGGUAUCUGCAGUCGCGAGACAACAAAAUGGUGCUCCUGAGCAACAACAGUGUAGCGCUGUCCAUCACAAAUGCGAGUGUUUCGCGCCACGAGGGACGCUACAGCUGCAUAACACCGCAGGAAACGCAAAGCUUUCAAGUGAUUGUGACCACUCCGCCGAGGAUAGUGAGUCGCCUGCCCGUCGAGGUGGUGUACAUUGGUCUGUCAAGGAUACUCAGCUGCCGGGCGGAGGGCAAUCCGGAGCCCAGUAUAACGUGGUACCACAACGGAGUCCAGCUGAACAGCUCGUACACCCGCUUCAUCAGCGGCAACGAGCUGCACAUCCACUCGUUCGAUCCGCAGGAGGAGGGCAUCUACCAGUGCGUGGCCACGAAUGUGGCUGGCGAGGAUUCGGCCACGGGUGAGCUGCGAUUCACACGGCAGCGCGAGGAGAUCAGUUCGCUGCAGAAUAUCCGCUGCUAUCCGCACAGCUUUCACGCCAUCAACAUCACCUUCGAUAGCCACCGCUUGACGUCGAUGUUCGUGGUCUAUAUUGUGAGGAGUAACCCGCACAGCUGGACCUCCUUUUCGCCCAUGAAGCUGAAUCAGACCUCCUAUGUAGUGAUAUCCACCAAUCUGCCGGUUUACGAGCCCUUUGCGCUCAUCACGCGGGUUUUGCUGCCUAUCACGGAGGUGAGAACUGGGACCUCGGUGCCCCAGCAGAUGAUUCUCAGCUCUUGGCGCAGUACGCCGGUCACCUGCUGCACACAAGGAUUGAUGCUUCGUCCCAUCGCCGUGGGCAACGACACCUUUGUAAAGUGGUCGCAGGGCCAAUUGGACAACAAGAAGUACUUCAUCCUGCAGUUCUCCAUUAAUCACACCGAUCCGCAUCCCACGCAGUUUCUGAAUGGAACCCUGCAAGGCACCCUGACUCCCGUGGAUGAGAAAGCCGACGAAGUGCGUCGUCAUUUGACUGUCAUCAAACCCUUGAAUGCAUCUGCAGCAGCCACUGUGUUGAAAAACGCCGAGCAUGAGCAACUGGAUAAUCAGGAGGACGACGCAGCGGUGGAAUUGGAGGAGGACAUUUACAGCAUGGUGGUGGAUGCCAGUGUGACAGGAUUGCUCCUGCAGCGAUUCACGCGCGUUAAAAUGAGAGUGCUGAUCAUCACCAGCGAGAAUGAGUUCCUGGGCCAGGACUUUCGCUACGUCCAGUGGAAGAUUAUCGAGAACGGCACUUCGGAGCAGUCGAAUAUGCCCUUUCGUCUGGUGACCAUUGAAUCGCGAGCUCUUGCCUUCAAGUUUCUGGACAGCCUGAAUGAGACUUGUGUGGUGGAGUGCCACACGGAGAUACAACCGCAAAUGUCCUUUCCCAGCCAGGAGUGUCUCGAGCGCAACAUUUCCAACUCGAUGCUUUUGGUCACAGGACUCAAAGCAGAUGUUCGUUACAAUAUGCAUUUCUACAACUGUAAGACGCGCAUUUUUUACGGAGAGAUAGACGUGAAGACCGAACAGGAUCCUCCUGGCACUAUAAGCAACUCAAAGUUGAUCAAGCAAAAUGGCCUGAAGCUGAUGUGGGAACCGCCAAUUAAUCCCAAUGGUCGGGUGCAUCACUACGAUAUCCGGUGGUCUUUGGAUAAUGUCACGCAUGAGGCUAUAGUGAAAGAGUGCACCAAAUGCUUUUAUAGGUUUCCAAACGUUUCGGAGGAGGCCAAAAUCCACGUGGCGGUCCGCGUGAUGGGCGACACUGGAGCGGGUGCUCCCAUAUACUUCGACAUGGUGAACAACAACCACACCUGGCUGGAAGUCGACAGAGAGACGUCCCAUUCGGAGGUUUACAGUGGCAUCGCCAUCGGCUCGCUGCUUUCGGUGGCCUGCGUUUUCUUCUUCGGACUGUUUAUAAUUUUCCAGCAGCGCAGCUUCAAGGCUCGCGCCCAAGGACCCACCCACCUGACCACGCCGACGGAUAUAAAUUUCGGUAAUUUGAGCAGUGCCUCCGGAAUGCCGGGGGACAGUGCCGGCGGUCUGAGUGGCGGCACGUUGCAGCAGGAUUGCCACGAGAUGCAGACACUUAUACCGCGCUCGCGUUACCACAUCGAACUGCUGCCGGAACACACGUUGGAAUACCAGACGAGCUCGGCGGCAGUGGCCGUUGUCCAUCUGGCCAACGGCAACGGGAGUGUCCAGGUGGCCAGGCGAUCGGAUCAGGAGGGCGCAGCUCCCGGGGACUUGGGCAUAGCCGGCGUGCACAAUCUGUCGCAAUUGCCGCUGUGCGGAGGCGGCGGGGGAACCUCGCCGGAGCGGAAGACCGUGCAGGACGCCAUGCUGCAGGAGGCAAAGGCGUUCUACAUACCCUACAGGCACACGCCACCCAAUGCCGUGGCUCUGGGCAGCUCCAAACAGUGUGCCGUGGCCAGUGGUUCUGAAUUGGAGGUUAUUGUGCCACCCAAUUCCCUGCCCCUGGUGACCACCAUGCCGGGGUUGGGUGUGGCAGGAGGAGGAGGAGGAGGCGGCGGAGGAGGUGGUGGAUCCAGCAGGAGGAGUGGGAGUCUGAGCAGCAGCAGUGCCAGCAGCAGCAGCAAUGGCAGCAGCAAAAAACAAUUCCACACCAAUUUCGUGAGGCACUCGAACUCCAACGAUGGAAUUUGCCUGCUGGCGGAGGAGGAGGCGGCUGCCACAUUGACACCCACCUCGGAGAGGGAAUACGCGGCCGUGUGCCUCACCAACGGUUUCAAGCUGCCCGCCGAUGUGGCGAAGGCGGGCGGUGCCUACACAACCACCACCACCACGAACAACAACAAUAGCAGCAGCAACGGCAGCAGCAGCAAGAACAGCAGCAGCAAGAGCAGCAGCAGCACCAGCCAGAAGUCGGCAACUGGCAAGGAGCGCCAGCCGCGAGGCAAUGGCAAUCCGAUCUCGUUCAGCCACAAUGCAUCCAUAGUUCCUGCCAACGGGCCAGCGUCCGUUAACCAUUCGACAGGGGUCAAGCAGUCCUGGCCAGCGGCGACGGUGGUCCAUCGACGGGCCCAGGUGGAUCCCAAUGGGUGAAGCAAGCAGUAUUUUUAUGAAGCUACCACAUAGAAGCAAGCAAAGCAAAACAAAACAUAACAAAACAAAAACAAAUGAAAGCGAGAAUUACGUAAUUACAUUCACAGCUCGAAACAUUCCAAAAGAAGAUAUAUGUAUGUAUGUAGACAUGGAGACGAGAGGUCACUGUACAGGUGGCGUCGUUAGCAUUUAUAAAGAGUACAUUUUAUAAAUGUAAAUAUUCAGUAACUGAAACUAUGGAACUAUGGGAGAAAUGAUUAAUUAAGCUGAUAUUUAUACACACACGUAUACAAACAUGUACGCUAAGUUGUAUGCUAUACUUUUGUAUUUGUUUAGUUUUUGUUUGUUUUUUUCGUUAAUUGAGGCUAAUUUUUACUCGUAACUUCUCUUACACAUAAACAUAAUUUAUUGUUGCUUUCGAUGCACACCCACACACACACACAUGUAAACACACAGAAAUAUACAUACAUAGCAAUAGACCGCGCAGCCCGCAAGUAUGCAUUACAAUAUUUGUCGCCGAUAAUUACUACGUUUAACAAUUGCUAGCAAUUGCCGCAAAAAAAUUCAAUUACACUGAUACAGUAGAAAUACAUACGCAAACAGAACAGCCAAAAAACCACAAACACUGCAAUAGCCCACACUCAACCAUCCAACCAACCAACCAACCACUCACUCAAAUACCACAAUAGUCACAAGUGUUCACAUCGAUUCCGAUUUAAAACGUAAUCUAUUCAAUAAUAUUUGUAAUUUUAUUUUAUUUAUAUAUUUGUAGACUUUUUUAAGCGAAGUGUUUAAUGUUUAAUUUCCGCAUAUUUACUGCUGCAUUUUGUUUUGUUUACACAACCGAUAUAUCAAAUGUACCUGAUUAUAUUCAUUUUGCAUUCUUGUUUUUGUGCUCUCGUCCUCAAACACAUUCACUCUAUCCCCCAAAAACAAUUCCAGUUUGUGCACACAGCCAAUAUUGCAUAACUUUAUAAUAAGCCACUAGAUCCAACCUAUUGCGAACCGUACUGUAACAUAUAUGAAAUUCACCAAUCGUACCUCGACAGAACCUGUAGCUACGCCAAAUGAAAAAACAAAAACACAUGCCCCGAGCUCCUGCUCCUUUCCACUGAUAUUAUUUUUGAUAGGGUUAGGGAAAGCUGAAGCAGUGGCCCACAACGAGUAUUUGUCGAGUAUGAAGAUGUAUUUUGUGAACUGUUGUCCGCCGUGAAACGAGAUGCAAAAAUUGUUACGAGAUUCAGAAACAAAACCGUACACACAUACACACCCCAAAAACCCAACUAUAGAAGAUACAUUCCACAGGCGUAUGCAAGUCACAGAUACACAACACACAGACACGUUUAAAGGAUUAACAGAAAAUACGAAGAAGUAUAUAUAUAUAUAAACAUAUAUAUAUUCGAUGUGAAUGAAAUGUGUUUGAAAACUGUAACUGUAUACGUUUUAGAGUCUAAGUGCAAUACCAACAAAUAAUUAAAAUAGCAAAAGGUAACCUUUAAGAUCCCUGAGGCAGAACAAAACCAACAACUAUAAACAAUAGUACCUUUCCACUCAAGCAGAAGCAACGCUCAAAGUAGACUCACGUCGAACCCAGUUAGUUGCGAUUUCCAGCCCAACUUAGGCCAUCCGUAAAUAAACAAUCUAGUUUGUGUUCAAGGUGAAUAAAGCCGCAGACUUUGCAUUUACGAGUCGCCAAAAGAAGUCUCGAUUUGUGUAGCCGAAUAGUUUAACAGUUUACAAACGAAUGGGCAUGCAAAAAAAAAAACAAAGCCACAAAAUGAAAAUUAACCUACGAAAAGCAUUUAAAUACACACAAAGUAUAUUCCGAAAGAACAACUCAAAAUUCCUACAAAACAAAAUAAUAAAACGAAAAAAGAAAAUCAAUUUUAAACGUAACGAAAAUUAAGAAAACGAAAAUUAACUAAAACUAUUAUAUGCAGCAAAAGGCAACAAGAAAAUUUAUGUACUAAAGUUAUAUUAUUAGACGUAAGAAAUCUAUAUAAAUGUACGUGUUUGGAAAGGAAAAGGAAAUACGAGGAUAAAAAGCGGAGGAGAAAUGGAGAAAUUAAGUAAAAUAGCUGCGAUUGUGAUCGCCGUGUAAGUGGAUGUGAUAAAUGUUUAAAUUAUUUAAGCGCAAAAACAAUAAAGAGAUAAAGAAAUUAAAUAUUAGGAAGACAUAGAAACGCGUAUUGCGAUUUUUGCAACGGUUUUUGGCCAACGGAAACCACUCAAUAACUAAGAGUCCACUAAAAUUGUAAGCAAACAAUUAUUAUGUUCUUAUCUUUGGCAAAACUGCUGCUCCUAGCACACUCUCUACUAAGUCUACUCAUAAAAACCUAAAAUUAAAUAUGCGUUUAAUUUUAUUUAUGUAUUUUUAGUUCGCAUUUAAGUCCACGUUUUGUAUACCUCAUUAGUAGAGUGGCAAACAACUAAAUUUUAUAACGUAUUUAGGCUUGGUUUCCUCGUUUUUCAAUUAGAGCAGAAUAUUUAAACUAUUCAUAACUGAACAAACGAACUAAUGUAUUUUUUAUGCAAUUUACAUGCAUUGUACAUGCAGGCGAAAUUAAUUAUUUGAAGCAACAAAGCUGCCAACGAUCCGUGUUAAAGAUUUCGAUGCAAGUAAAUUGGCAACCACCAAACAACCAGGCCAAAUAUUGACAAGAAAAAUUGGCACUGCUAAAGAGUCUAAGAGAAGAAUGUCGAAAAUGUUCGUUUAGGAAAACAGAAGAUAAGGCGAAGAAGAAAUGAAUGCAACCUUAACUAUUGGAAAAUAUACUACAAAAUAAGUUAUGAUGGAAAACAU